AUGACUGAUCACUCCCUUUUCAAGUUGCUUUGGAAAGGUAACUGGUUUAUCCAAGAGAAGAGCUGCAAGAUACUUUCUUUGAUAGUAACUGGAGGGCCAAGAUCUCAUGAUGGUGCCCAUGCCAAUGGGGCGUCAAAGUUGAAGAAGGAUAUCACCACUGUUGAUGACGUUUUAAAGGCACUGGUUGACUGGCUGUGCUCACAGCUGAGGAACCCAUCUCAUCCUAGCCGCAGUAUUCCCACUGCUGUUAAUUGCCUUGCAACUUUAUUGAAGGAACCUGUGGUUCGAUCUUCAUUUGUUCAAGCAGACGGAGUGAAGUUGCUCAUUCAUCUUAUUUCUCCAGCAUCCACUCAACAAUCUAUCCAGCUCUUGUAUGAAACCUGCCUUUGUGUGUGGCUCCUCUCAUACUAUGAGCCUGCAGUUGAGUAUUUGGCCACUUCUAGAUCCUUGCCGAGGUUGAUAGAAGUUGUCAAGGGAUCCACAAAGGAAAAGGUUGUUAGGGUAGUUAUUUUAACUCUCAAGAAUUUGCUGCACAAAGGCACAUUUGGUGCCCAGAUGGUAGACCUGGGACUGCCGCAGCUUGUUCAGAAUCUAAAAGCUCAGGCAUGGAGUGAUGAGGAUCUGCUGGAAGCUCUGAAUCAAUUGGAAGAAGGAUUGAAAGACAACAUUAAGCAGCUAAGUUCUUUUGACAAGUACAAGCAGGAAGUCCUCCUUGGACAUCUUGAUUGGUCGCCCAUGCAUAAAGAUCCAAUAUUCUGGCGCGACAACAUCGCUAAUUUCGAGGAGCAUGAUUUUCAGAUCCUUAGGGUCCUCAUCACAAUUUUGGACACGUCCACCGACCCACGGACACUUGCUGUUGCCUGCUAUGACCUCUCACAAUUCAUUCAGUACCAUGCGGCCGGUCGUAUCAUUGUGACAGACCUCAAAGCCAAAGAAAGAGUGAUGAAAUUGAUGAACCACGAGAAUGCAGAGGUCACCAAAAAUGCCUUGCUCUGCAUUCAGAGGCUAUUUCUGGGGGCAAAGUACGCCAGUUUUUUGCAGGCCUAUAAUUUAUUCAUUUAUUUGUGUUUGGGGCAUUUGAAGUGGACCGGAUGA